AUGGACCCCCCCCCCAAGAAUAUUGUCAAGCUCGAAACUGGAACAGGCAGCCAGCCUGCUGGCACCGUACUCGGUGACAGGUCGACAGCCGCUGGACAGAACUCCAGCUGCCGGGUUUUGAAUCUGAUGUUUCUACCAUUAUUUAAGCUGGACACACCAAACCUUGAAUACCGCGUUGAAGGCCUCGAAGACGACUACCGCCCACACCCGGAGUUUGAAUUGAAUGCCACGAUAACUGUGACAAAAGUCUACUCCGGAGACGAAAAUGUCCGCAACGACCACCCUGUCAACCGGAUAUUUGAUCUCGUCGACGGCCCAUCCACAGAGGUGUACAAGCUGCACAUUGCGCCGAAGCUGCCGGGUUCCUCCGCAAGACUGGCUUUGUCGAUGUGUAAUCUCGGCGAGAUAAGAUUUCCAUAG